ACCAGUUUUCAGUUUCCAGCAUCUUCAUGGAAAACAAACGCGUAUUCUUUGACAUAACUGCUGAUGGUAUUCCCCUUGGUCGGGUGGUUAUGGAGCUCCGGUUUGACGUAGUCCCGAAGACUGCAGAGAACUUCCUCAAGUUAUGUACAGGAGAGGUGGGAUAUGGAUAUAAGGGCUGCACCUUCCACCGGAUCAUACCCCACUUCAUUUGCCAGGGAGGAGAUUUCACCAAUCACAAUGGUACAGGAGGAAAGUCCAUAUUUGGUGGUAAAUUUGAAGAUGAGAACUUUACUCUGAAACACAGUGUUCCAGGAGUACUAGCUAUGGCUAAUGCUGGACCCAACAGUAAUGGUUCUCAGUUCUUUAUCUCCACUAUCAAGGCUGAAUGGCUAAAUGGAAAGCAUGUGGUAUUUGGCCAUGUCGUUGAGGGUAUGGAAGUCAUUAAGAAGAUGGAAAGUUAUGGAUCAAACAGUGGCAAGACUAGCAAGAAGAUUGUUAUAGAUGACUGCGGGGUCUUAAAUGAUGCACCCACUGAGUGACCUCACCCAAAACACAUCUGUUGCAUGGUCACACCCCCUUUAAAAAGUGUCAGUAAAUCCUAAGUCAUGUGACAUUGUCUGAUCGAGCCUUAUCCACGCUAAUAAUUUUAUCAUAAUUUAUGUGCUCAACUAUAUGAUCAACCGCACUAUAACUACAACCAACCAUUUUUAAGAGCUUAACAAGAACAUCAUGAAUGAACUAGGACUUAAUUUAAGAAAUCAUUUGAAAUAUAGUAAAUCCACAAGAUUUAAAGGGACAGCAAAGUCAAAAUUAAACUUUCAUGAUAGAGCAUGCAAUUUUAAACAACUUUCCAAUUUACUUUUGUUAUCAAAUUUGCUUUGU